AAAACGUUAAAACCGACACGCGCGAAACAAACAACAUAACGUCAUAACGACAUGCUUCUCUUCCUCCCUCACUUCAUAACCAGAUGCAGAUGGGAACGACAUCGACUUCAACAUCUUCAUCUCUCAAUCCGAAGUUCCGUUAUUACACAUUUACUUCUCUUGCCUUCCUCUUUUUCUUCCUUUUGAGUAUUUUACUCUUUACUAAACGGACUCUCGACCCCGCUGUUUCAAUCUCUCUCUACAGAGAUUUCUUUUCCCAAACCCCUUCUUCUUCUUCUUCCAACCUCUCCCUUCCGAUCCAAGAACCCAUCUCUCCAAAUUCUGAGCCCGACCCAUUAGAUAUCGAAAUUGACCCUAAAAUUAUCAAUGACGAGCUUUCAGAUAAAAACGAUCCAGGUUCACCUCCUGUGAAUGGAGUUUCUGAGGAAACAAGUCCUAAAUUAAUCAAGAACGAUCUUUCAGAUAUAAAAGAUGGAUACCCGGUGCCUGCUAACCUAGUGUCUGAUGAGAUUGAUGCUAAAGUCAGCAAUGGCGAGGUUUCAAAUAAAAAUGAAGAAGUCCCAGUUUACAAGAAAAGAGUUUCUAAUGAUUUUGGUGCAAAAAUCAUCGAUGGAGAGCUUUCAGAUAAAAAUGGUAGUGACCCACCUCGUAGUUUUGAAAGAACGGAAAACAAGUGUGAUUUGUAUUCGGGGACCUGGGUGAAAGAUGAGGAGUACCCUAUUUACAGACCAGGGUCCUGCCCAUAUGUUGAUGAGGCUUUUGAUUGCCAAACUAAUGGAAGAAGAGAUUCUGAAUAUCUCAAAUGGCGGUGGAAGCCACACGCUUGUGAUCUUCCUAGGUUCAAUGCAACAGACUUCUUGGUGAGAAUAAGUGGUAAAAAACUAAUGCUGGUUGGAGAUUCUGUUAACAGAAACCAAUUUGAGUCUAUCCUAUGCCUCCUACGCGAGGGUCUCCAAAAUAAGAGCAGGAUGUAUGAAGUUAAUGGCCAUAAAAUAACUAAGGGAAGAGGUUACUAUGUAUUCAAAUUUGAGGACUACAAUUGUACUGUGGAUUUUGUGAGGUCACAUUUUCUUGUAAGGGAAGGAGUCCGCAUGAAUGGUCAGGGAAGUUCAAAUCCAACUCUUUCAAUUGAUCGAAUAGACAAGUCAGCAUCUCGUUGGAAGCGCGCUGACAUUCUUGUCUUCAAUACUGGCCACUGGUGGACUCAUGGGAAGACUGCUAGAGGGAAAAACUACUAUAGAGAGGGAGAUUUUGUAUAUCCACAAUUUGAUGCUGUUGAAGCCUAUAGGAGGUCCAUGAAGACUUGGGCUAAGUGGAUCGAUAAAAAUGUGAAGCCGGAGAAGCAAAUGGUCUUCUACCGAGGGUACUCUACUGCUCAUUUCAGAGGCGGAGAUUGGGAUUCAGGAGGGUCCUGUAAUGGUGAAACAAAGCCUGCUUUUAGUGGAGCUAUUCUUGAAAACUAUCCUUUGAAAAUGAAAAUUACCGAGGAAGUGAUCAAAGACAUGCGUGUACCCGUAAAACUACUAAACGUUACAAGCUUGACAAACUUCCGUAAGGAUGGCCAUCCGUCAAUUUAUGGCAAGAAUUCAACUGCAGGCAAGAAGGUUUCAAGAAGAAAGCAAGACUGCAGCCAUUGGUGUCUACCAGGUGUCCCUGAUGCGUGGAAUGAACUUAUUUAUGCCUCCCUAGUUUUUCACCAGACAAAUUCAGUUAGUAAUACUUGAGAAGAUUUUGUCUUUUAUGUAUUUAAUUCAUUACGUGCUUAUGUUUCUUCAAAAGAAUCACUACUUGUUCGUGGAGUUUCAAGCAUGUAUGUAUUUGAUGGUAGGGUGUGUUUAGAAAG